CUCUACGCUCGCGCGGCACCGCGACGCAUCGACGCGACGGCUGGCACGUCUCCCGUGAGCAGCGCGGGGUCCCAGUUUCCUGUGACACGCUUCCUUUCUCGGCGAUAAAGCUUAAGAAAGAUUGAAAUACGCGUCACACGUGUCAUCAAGAGACACGCCGGAGGGUCUCGCGCGCCGGCUCCACAUCGCGGAGCGUGUUCUGCUUAUGCACCUGUGACAGAGACAGACGCGAAUAAAUCCGAUAUCGACCGUGUGCCGGCGUGUCGAGGUGCACCGCGCAGCGCCCAGGUAGCUACAGCCCUGGUCCGCGCGCGCACAGCGCGUCCUGACGGCCAGUAGACGAGCCUUGCGGACGUGCAUUCGAAAAAUGGCCGACAGCGGGGAUGGUGUGAGCAGUACGUCGUCCGGGAAAGAGGCGAGAAACACUCUGCAUGAUGGCCCGAUCACCGAUCCGGCGUCCAACACCAAGAGCCUAGAGGCAUCAAAUAAUGCCUUUCACGGCGCGAGAACGAAAUUAGACUCCAAGUCCGGGGCGCUGAAGAAGUCCAGCCGCUACCGCAGCCGCUCCUUGUCGGCCAGCAGCACCGACAGUUACAGUUCCGCAUCUUAUACAGGGAGCUCGUCUGACGAGGAUGACGUGUCACCGCGCGAGAAGAUCCAGAAGACGGAGAGGGGCUUCACGGACUUCUGCGUGCGCAACAUCGAUCAGCACGCCUUCGGCCGCAGGGAAAUCGAAAUCGCCGAGCAGGAGAUGCCGGGGAUCAUGGCGUUGCGGAAACGUGCCGCCGACGACAAGCCGCUGAAGAACGCGAAGAUCGUGGGCUGCACCCACAUCAACGCGCAGACCGCCGUCCUGAUCGAGACGCUGGUGGAGCUGGGCGCACAGGUACGAUGGGCCGCGUGCAAUAUUUACUCGACGCAGAACGAGGUGGCCGCGGCGUUGGCGCACGCCAACUACCCGGUGUUCGCGUGGCGCGGCGAGACCGAGGAGGACUUCUGGUGGUGCAUCGACAAGUGCGUCGCCGCCGAGAAUUGGCAGCCCAAUAUGAUAUUGGACGACGGCGGUGACGCCACGCACUUGAUGCUCAAGAAGUACAACGCCAUGUUCAAGAUGAUUCAAGGAAUCGUCGAAGAGAGCGUAACGGGCGUGCACAGACUGUAUCAGUUGUCCAAGGCAGGUAAACUUUCUGUCCCAGCGAUGAACGUGAACGACAGCGUGACGAAAACCAAGUUUGAUAAUCUUUACAGCUGUCGCGAGAGCAUUAUCGACAGCUUAAAGAGAUCCACCGACGUCAUGUUCGGCGGCAAGCAGGUUGUAAUAUGCGGCUACGGGGAGGUCGGCAAGGGAUGCUGCCAAGCCCUCAAGGGCUUGGGCUGCAUCGUUUAUAUCACCGAGAUCGAUCCCAUAUGUGCGCUGCAAGCCAGCAUGGACGGCUUCAGAGUGAUGAAACUCAAUGAAGUCAUUCGAAAUGUAGACAUUGUUAUUACAGCGACGGGCAAUAAAAACGUGGUGACGCGCGAGCACAUGGACAAAAUGAAGAACGGAUGCGUGGUGUGCAAUAUGGGCCACAGCAACACCGAGAUUGACAUCAACAGUUUACGUACGCCCGACCUGACGUGGGAGAAAGUGAGGUCGCAGGUGGAUCACGUGAUCUGGCCGGACGGCAAGCGCAUCGUGCUCCUGGCGGAAGGCCGUCUGGUAAACUUGUCGUGCUCGAGUAUACCGUCGUUCGUGGUGUCUAUUACUGCCGCUACGCAAGCGCUGGCCUUAAUCGAGCUGUUCAACGCGCCACCGGGACGGUACAAGAGCGACGUUUACUUGCUACCGAAGAAGAUGGAUGAGUACGUCGCGUCGCUGCAUUUACCCACGUUCGACGCGCACCUGACGGAACUGACGGACGAGCAGGCGAAGUACAUGGGCCUCAACAAGGCGGGUCCUUUCAAGCCUAACUACUACCGGUUAGUAUCGGGCUUCAGUCUCUGGCACGAAGAGCGACUGAUUGAUUGAUCGUUCGAUCGAUUGGUUUCGUGUAUGUGUGUGCGCGCACGCCUGUGUCACCUAUCUACUGUUGUGUUGUGGAUCUGUUUCAGCUACUAAAAACCAAUGGGCGAGUAAUGUGGCAUUGACUAGCACGUGCGACACUCACUCAGCAUUACACACCUCUUCACAAGUAUUAAAAACAAACCAGCCACCACCAACAACCCUUUUACUUUACCUCCCCCCCNCCCCCCCCCCCCCCCACCGAACCUCAGCCCACUUUGUGCCGGUUGGCUUUCUUUUAAUCCUACCGAUGCGUCAAGUUUUCUUGUCGUUCAGUCGAUCGAUAGACAGAGAGAGAUACCUUUUAUUUAUGGGUUCAACCUUCGUGGAGAUUCGCGCUACGUGAAUCCCGUUGUUAUUAUCCGUGCUAAUCAUCCGCAAAGAAUGCGUUAAUAACGUCGUAGUGAACACACACACACACACACAUACCUGAUCCAGCAGUAGCCGAUAAUCGAUAUUAGGAACGACCUCAGAGCUAAGCAACGAGUAUUAUCCGGCAGAAAGGAGAAUCAUCUUUCCGGGAUAUGCAUACUCCUGAGACACCGAUGUGUGUGUGUGUAUGUGUGUGUGUGCGUGCGUGUGCAUCUUUUCGUGUGUGCGCGCGUGUGUGUGUGUGUGUUUCGAAGUUAUUUAUUCGAAAUCCACGUAUCCCCGCGGUACUGCCCAGUCCUGUAAAUUUGCAUAUUUUCGAACUUGCGUAUCCGACUUAACUUUCGUAACAGUUUUCCUCUUCGAGAUGCGCGAGUGUACAGCCCGCGAUUGUCGGGACGAAUCGGGAGCGAGAAAGAGAGAGAGUGAGAGUGAGUGAGAGAGAGUGAGUGAAAGUGUGAGAGAUAAAGAGAGAUUCUGAAAAAUUGUCAGACUACGCACGCAAAUCGUCGACCGAAUAUUGUAGAUACAAACACGAGCCCUGUAUAGUUCGCAAAGCCGGAGAGAGCCAAUUGAAAUUGUAUCUGUCCAUUAGAUACUACGUUCAGUAAGUUUUAACGUUAGUUUGUAAAGAAUAAUUAACGAAAGAGACGUUUCAAAGUAGUAUAUCGGCGGGAGCGUAUGUACGUGCAAAAAGUGGUGUGUAACGCGUUUUGCUCGGGGCGGAUUCCGAGACUCGACCGCGCGAACCUGUCCUCUCCCCGGGCAGAAGUCAAUUCUACCCCGACGAGAACUUCCGUCGCGACGUCCUCGGGAGCCCGCGGUUCGAAUCUCGGGAUCCUCUCUUCGGCCACCCGAUCACGUUAAGCGGCGUUCGGAAACACUCUCCGGAGGAGAGCAGAGCGAAUGGCGGCAGGACCAGGUUUCACUCACACGGAAAAAAAAUUAGCCUUAAAUCAAUAAUAAAUAUUCUGAUAUUUAAAUAAGAAUAUUGUAAUCUUCUUAGG